AUGUUCGGACGCGGCAAGAAAGAGAAGAAAAGCGAGACCGCUGCACCGGACACUGAGGGACGCAGUGGUUCAGACCGCACCCUCACCAACGACUUCCAGCCUUCCAAAGCCCAGAUCAAGCGAGCCACCCGGACGAGGUUUUGCUGGGCGCUGGUAUCCUCUCUCCUGCUUCUGAUAUCAGUCGUCUUCCUCAUCCUGGUAGAAGUUGGGGACACAUCAGCAAGCAGCAGCAUUCGAUCGAAAAUCUGGUUUAUCAAGCUCGAUGUAUCCGACAUCAUCCCAGUGCAGGUACCCAACGCGGUCCUCAUCAACAGUAUUGCACAAUCGCUAGGUCUGCACGACUUCUACACCGUUGGACUGUGGAACUUUUGCGAGGGCUACAAUGGGGAAGGCACGACGGACUGCUCCUCUCCUCAGACUCUGUACUGGUUCAACCCAGUCGAGAUCAUCCAGAGCGAGUUGCUUGCAGGCGCAACAGUCGCUCUUCCAGCUGAGAUCAACAGCAUCCUCGACCUCAUCAGAACCGUCUCGCACUGGAUGUUCGGCCUCUUCCUGACCGCGGCACCCCUCAACUUCAUCCUCAUGUUCGUCGUACCUCUCUCCGUCUUCACGCGCUGGGCCUCCCUCCCCAUCGCCAUCUUCACCUUCCUCGGAGCCCUCAUCACGACCGUCGCCGCCGUCAUCGCCACGGUGAUGUUCAUCAUCAUGCAAAACGCCAUCACCUCGGCCACACAGCUCAACAUCAAGGCCGAGAUUGGAGCCGAGAUGUUCGCCUUCAUGUGGAUCGCUGCUGCCACAGCCAUCCUGGCGUGGUUGAUCCAGAUGGGCAUGUGCUGCUGCUGUGCGAGUCGCAGAGAUGUGAGGAGAGGGAAGAAGAGAGGGAGCAAGAAGGCUUGGAAUACCGAGACGCCUGGUGUAAGUGAGAAGCCGGAGGGCAGACGUGGCCUACCCAUGUUCAAGAGAGCGAAGAAGCAGCAGGACUAA